GCAAGUCCAGUCUGUAAUCAGUCAGGUAUCAGUGCAGCGGCCCGGAACAACAGCCGCCCGCCUGUCGUCUUCAACCCGGCGCUCCUCCAGCCUGCUGUACCAGUUCGACAUCCUGAGGCGAGAGUCUGACUUCACACAUGACGCCUUCUGCAUGAGCGAGUGCAGGAAGGAGAAGGACGAGAAAGAGUAUUACUGUUACAGUGAGUUUGCUGUGAACGGGAUCGUGCAUGACAUCGAGUCGCUGCGUAAAGGAAUAUCGCUCAUCACACUGAUGGUGAGCAGCGACGGUUUCUACAAGAUGAGUCGUCUCUACGUGUCCCCGGACAGCUUCUUCUUCAAAGUGCGCCUGCUGGUCCUGGACACGUUCAAGUGCAGCAAACCCUGCCCUGAUAUCAAACUGGGGACCAGAUACAUUGUAAUGGGGCAGAUCUACCACAGGAGGCGCCACCUGCCCAGUGACCUCCUGAACCUGCUGGGGGGGAACUGAAGCCCGGGUGACGGCCUCCUGCGGAGCAACAACUACAUCAAGAGAGAUUCAACAAGCGGAGACACCAGAAAGCCCUGGAGGCCACCCGCACCAGGUGUAGGUGAACAAAACACAGAGAGACAAUCGCCCCCUGCUGCAGGGGAAGAGACACUGCAGCUUACACGAACUGAUCGUAACUAGCCCCUAAGUGUUGUGCAAGAGAGAGGACGUUUUGCAGAAGGCAUGGAUUUACUUCCAUAAGGACUGCUCUAAUGUACCAUAAAGUAACAGAAUGUUUUGAGAGACUGAGGUAUGUUUUCUCUUUGUCAAUAUUGUGGGGCUUUUAUUUUAUUUUAUUCGUCUGUCCAACAAUCCAGGGUUUGUCCUGAGAAUUGAAAAGAAAGAUCACAUCAGAGCCAUCACACAAACGAACACAUACAUGAUCAUUGCAAUUAAUGCA